AUGUCGGACAAAUUCGGGUUCAAACACGCUUUCAUCGCCAUGGCUACCGUUCAGGCCGUCACCCUCGCGCUCUACGACAAAUUGGCUUCCUCAAAGUUGACCUUCGCCCUGGGCACCAUGUCAGUUUACUUUACCUUAGGCGGGGUCUUUGCCAUGUUCCCGCCCGCAGUGCAAAAGCGUUUUGGGGCGCGCAACGGGGUGACCAUCUACUCCUACCUCUUCACGGCCUUUGCCUUGGCCUCGGUCGGCGGCAGCAUCCUGGCCAAGCGUUUGGUGGCCUACUUUGGCGGGUAUGAAAACGUCUUUAAGAUAUUCAGUGCAUCCUCUGUGGGUGCCUUGGGGCUUGCGGCAUUGUUGCCGGAGGUUUAG